UGGUUUCUUCGGCUAAAUAUUUGAUUCUUUGUUUUGUCGGAAUGCGUGUAAUCAUUGUGAACGAGACUCUUUUCUGAUGUUUUGAGCCCAGUUUGAUGGAAAAAAUGUGAUCUUGAUGAAUCUUUUGGUAGACUGGUUUUUGGAGGAUCUGCCUGCUGAACUAGAUGCGCCUGGUGCUAAUAAUAUGGGAUCUUUGAGGACGAUUUAGAGCGCUGGUUUUAAGAUGGAGGAGGUGGAGAAAGCUAAUAGAGCUGCGGUGGACAGCUGCCACAGAGUUCUGAGCCUUCUCUCCCAGUCUCAAGAUCAAGUCCAAUCUGGAAACCUGUUGGCAGGGACAGGAGAUGCUGUUUCAAGAUUCAAGAGAGUGGUGUCUUUGCUCAGUAACAGUGCUGGCCAUGGAAGAGUUAGAAUUGCCAGUAAAGUCCGAUCCCCCUCCAACAGUAAGCUCUUCUCAGACAGUCAACUGGGAUCCAAGAUGGACCAUUGUCCCAACCCACCUCAACUACCCCCAAGAAAUAUUUUAAAGAACAAGAUACAAAUUUUGGAUUCAAGUUCUGGAAACCCCCUCCCAAUCAACCGGAGGAGCUUUCUCGAGAACCAAUUUGGGCUGCAAGCUUCAUCGUCAAGUCAGUACCAGUUCCUUCCGCGGCAGCAGCAGCAGAAUGAUCCAAGGUUUCAGCUUCAUCAUCAGAUGAAGCUUGAGGCUGACAUGUUUCGGAGGAGUCAUAGUGCCAUAAAUCUCAAAUUUGAGAGCUCUAGCCACACACCAUCCGCAUCGACAACUAGGUCCUUCGUGUCGUCGCUAAGCAUGGAUGGAAGCAUGGCCAGCUUGGAUGGAAAGCCAUUCCAUCUGAUCGGUGGACCAGCAUCAUCUGAUCCAAUUAACCUGCACCCUCCUCCCAAGAGGAGGUGCGUAUGCAGAGGGGAGGAUGGAAAUGGCAAAUGUGCAACAACUGGCCGGUGUCAUUGCUCGAAGAGGAGGAAACUGAGAGUGAAGAGAUCCAUUAAGGUGCCUGCCAUCAGCAAUAAACUGGCUGAUAUCCCUCCUGACGAGUACUCAUGGAGGAAGUAUGGGCAAAAGCCAAUCAAGGGCUCUCCUCAUCCUAGGGGAUACUACAAAUGUAGCAGUAUGAGAGGCUGCCCUGCACGAAAACACGUCGAAAGGUGCUUGGAAGACCCCUCAAUGCUCAUCGUCACUUACGAAGGCGAGCACAACCAUGCCAGGUUGCUUACCCACUCUUCCCAGACAUAGAGGUCUUAGAAUAUUUCAUCAUUAACAAACGCAUCCGCUUAUCAUCUUGCGCACCACCCUUCUUUUUGGGUGAUCGUGUCGUCUCUUAUCGUGGUUGAGCAUGAGUUUCUCAAAGGUCCAGCAUCUUUUUGUAAGUCGGGGGAGGGGGAAAUUACAAGUGGAUUUCCCCCAAUUGCCAUUUGUAAAUGCUACUGUAACAGUGCUCUGGAAAUGGGUAGCUGUUGGUUAGAAGCAAUUUCCCUCAUGUGUCUCAUCGUUCUUAUCUUGGAAAAGCCUGUAUAUGUUUAAUUAAAAUCAAACUUACCAAGAUAAAAAUGUGGAGGAGAUUCAGUCUUGGAAGGUAGCAGUGAGAAUUCAUGUUUCUCAA